AUGUCGCAACCCAAAACCCGACGGCAUCAAGACAAACCCGACAAAAUGAGCUUCUUCGCUCAGAACAAAGGAGCAGCUCUGGCAAAACGAACAGACACAGCAGGCCAUCAAGAUGGCGCCGACCACUCAGGGGGGAGCAGCCCAAGAUCAGAGGCGGAAUCACAGCAUGAUGGAGAACCGCUCACGGCUGCCUUCCUAAAGAGAGCCCUAGACGAACAGUCACGAAGGCUGGUCGCUACCUGGCAAUCCAGCGUGGCAGAACUCAAACGGGAUCUCCAAGAUGUCGGAUCUCGCACAACGCACGUGGAGGCCAAGAUGGAAGAUUUAGUCGACGCGCACAAUGCGUCCGCAGAGCACUUAAAAUCCCUCACAGACCAGAUCCAGAAAUGCGAAGCAAAACUCAUGGACCUAGAGGAUCGAUCUAGAAGGAGCAAUAUUAGGCUGAGGGGCAUCCCAGAGACGGUCCUCCCGGCGGAUCUACCCA